AUGGAUAUCUUGAAGGACUGUGUUCAUGGGAUGCCCUCUGCUUCUCUAUUAGUUUAUUUGCUUUUAGCAUUACUCAUUCAUUUCACAUCUGGAGAAACGGAAGUGAAGUUCAGUGGACCAACAGUAUUUGUAGUUAAUGAAACAAGUACAACUGUUAUACGACUUGUAGUUGAAAGGACAGGGAAGCCUGCUAACAUCACAGCAAUUGUGUCGAUUGAUGGAGAAAACACAGGAGACUUUUUUGACACAUAUGCAGCUGCAUUUAUACCUGAUACAGAAACAAACCGAACAGUGUAUAUAUCUGUCUGCGAUGACGAUCUUCCGGAGGCUGAUGAGACAUUCACAUUUCACUUGACACUACCAAAACCAUCUGCAAGAAUAAAGCUUGGCUCACCCAAAUCUGUCACUGUAACAAUCUUGUCAAAUGACAAUGCCUUUGGAAUAAUUUCUUUUAACAUGCCUGCCUUAAUCACAGUGAAUGAACCCAGGGGCAGAAACGAAUCUGUGCCUCUCACUCUAAUUAGGGAGAGGGGAACCUACGGGACAGUUGUCGUAACUUUUGAGAUAGAAGAUGGACCAAACCCAGCUGAAGAAGAUUUAAGUCCAGCUAGGGGAAAUAUCACAUUUACCCCUGGGAGGUCAAUACUGAUUUGUAAUUUAACAGUGCUUGAUGAUCAGAUACCUGAAAAUGAUGAAUUGUUUGUUUUUCAUCUGAGGAGCGUGGAAGGAGGGGCUGAAAUAAACAACACAAAAAAUUCCAUUCAGAUUAAUAUUAAGAAAAAUGACAGUCCUGUGCGUUUUGUUCAGAGUGCUUACAUGGUGCCUGAGGAAGUUGAUGUGGUAACAAUUCAAGUGGUUCGUGGUAAGGAUGUCAGUGGAAAAUUAAUUGGACCUGAUGAACAUGAAGUCUCUGUCAGUUAUGCCAUCGUAACUGGGAAUUCAACAGCACAUGCACAGCUUAAUGUAGACUUCCUAGAUCUACAGCCAAAUACAACUAUUGUUUUCCCACCUCUAGUUCAUGAAACAUAUAUGAAAUUUAAGAUCCUUGAUGAUGCCAUACCAGAAAUUGCUGAGACCUUUCAGAUUAUGCUUCUUAAGGACACUUUGCAGGGAGAUGCUGUUUUGAUCAAUCCAUCUGUUGUUCAUGUCACCAUCCAACCGAAUGAUAAACCCUAUGGAGUACUAUCAAUCAACAGUAUCCUGUUUGCUCAGACUGUUAUCAUUGAUGAAGACCAAAUUUCAAGGUUUGAGGGGAUCACAGUUGUAAGAAAUGGUGGAACACAUGGAAAUGUUUCUGUCACCUGGGUUAUAAUCCGAAAUAGCAGUGAUCCCUCACCGGUGACUGCAGACCUCGUUCCAGAGACGGGGGAGAUAAGUUUUGAUCAAGGACAGAUGCUGGUAACACUUCCUCUGAGCAUUAUUAAUGAUGAUAUACCAGAAGAGGCAGAGCCCUAUCUUCUGAAACUUUUGGCCCAUACAAUACAGGGAGGUGCAGAAGUCAGUGAACCAUCUGAGCUUCUGUUUUACAUUCAGGACAGCGAUGAUGUUUAUGGCCUAAUAAAAUUUUAUCCUUUGGAGAAUCAGAAGAUUGAAAGUAAUCCAACGGGACGCUUUUUGUCCUUGAGUUUUGCAAGGGGGAGAGGAACAGUUGGAGAUGUGCAGUUGGUUUAUACUGCACUGUAUAUUCCAGCUGGAGCUCUGGAUCCUGAGAGAGCAAAAGAUGGCAUUCUAAAUAUGUCUAGAAGAAGCAUCCUCAUGUUUCCAGAAGGAAAAACACAAGAUACUUUAAAUAUACCAAUAAGAAAUGAUGCAUUUCUUCAAAAUGGUGCUCAUUUCCUCAUACAGCUGGAAAAAGUUGAGCUGGUGAACAGAAUUCCUUUAGUCCCACCUGUGAGUCCUAGAUUAGGUGAGAUUAGAAAUAUUUCUCUGAGGAUUACGCCAGAUAUUGCAAAUGGAGAAAUAGGCUUUACUAGCAAUCUUCCAAUUAUUCUUUCUGAGCCAGAAGAUUCCCCUGCUACACUGGUUUCCAUUGCGUUGCAUCGAGAUGGAACUGAUGGUCAAGCAACUGUGUUUUGGAGUUUGAAACCCUCUGGUCUCAAUCAAAAGGCAGUAACACCUGACGAUAUAAGUCCUUUUAAUGGCUCGGUUGUUUUCUUGUCUGGACAAAGUGAUACUACAAUCAACAUUACUAUUAAAGCUGAUGAUAUACCUGAAAUGAAUGAAACGGUGUUAUUAACUUUGGACAGAGUCAGUGUGGAAAAUCAAAUACUGAAAUACGGGUUCACUACUUGUGAAAUUAUUAUUUUGGAAAAUGAUGAUCCUGGAGGAGUGUUUGAAUUUUCUCCUUCUUCCAGAGGUCCCUACAGUAUCAAGGAAGGAGAGUCUGUCGAGCUGCAGAUUGUCCGCAGCAGAGGAAGCCUCCUCAGGCAGUUUCUGCGCUACACUGUAGAACCAAGAGACAACAAUGAGUUCUAUGGAAGCACAGGAAUUCUGGAGUUUAAGCCUGGUGAAAAAGAGAUCAUAAUUACUCUUCUGACAAGGAUGGAUGGGAUUCCAGAGCUGGACGAGAUAUAUUCUGUGGUACUGAGUGGCUACAGUGAAAUGCCAGGCAAGUUGGGGAAUGCCACAGUGGUCAACAUCACCAUUUUGAAGAACGAUGAUCCACACGGUGUCAUUCAGUUUCUACCUGAUGAACUACCAGUCACAAUAAAGGAAAGUAAAGGAGAAAUCAUCUACGCUGCUGCUUACAGAGUUGUAAGAAACCAAGGAAGCUAUGGCAAUGUUAGUGUGUCUUGGGUUGUUGACCCAGCAUGUACCAAUGACGUCUAUCCAGAGCAAGGGACUAUUUUCUUUGAUAAUCUGGAGUUUUCAAAAAAUAUCACCAUUUACUCACUGCCAGAUGAGGUACCUGAAGAGAUGGAAGUAUUCAUCAUCAGCUUAUUCAAUGCUACUGGUGGGGCCAGGCUGGGCAAUAUAACCAGUGCAUUUUUACAGAUUACAAGGAAUGAUGAUCCCAUUUAUUUUGCAGAACCUCUGGCAGUGAGCGUUAAAGAAGGAAGUGUUGCAAACUUUACAGUCCUAAGGAAUGGAUCUGCUGAUGUUGCUGUUGCUGUCCAGUAUAUCACUGUUAAUGGAGAUGCAACAGCUGAAGAGGGAGACUUCGUUCCCAGUGGAAGGAGCAGCGUCAUUUUGUUCGAUGUUGGAGAAAGAGAGCAGAACUUAUCUGUGUAUAUUAAUGAUGAUGAUACCCCUGAAACUGAUGAAACGUUUUAUAUCUUCCUUUUGAAUUCUACAGGGGAUACUGUUAUCUUUAAGGCUGGAGUGGCUACAGUUAUUAUUGAAGCAAAUGAUGAUCCUAAUGGAAUUUUCUCCUUGGAGACUUUAGAGAAGACAGUGGAAGAAGGCAAAAGUAACAUUUUUUUGGUUUUGAGACACAGAGGACACUUUGGCAAUGUCUCAUUGACCUGGCAGCUGUUUGAUAAUGGCUCUGCUCUGAGGCCAGGAGAAGAGUUCUAUGAAACUUACGGGACUGUGUUCUUCAUGGAUGGUGAAGGAUCAAAGCCAAUAACACUCCAUGCUAUUUCAGAUAGGAUUCCUGAGUUCAAUGAAUUUUACAUUCUGGAGUUGGUGAAUGCUUCAGGUGGGUCUCCUGGUCCUGGUGGUCAGUUGUCUGAAACAAACCUUGCUGUAACCGUGAUGAUCCCAUUCAACGAUGACCCUUUCGGGGUCUUUGUUAUAGAUCCAGCGAGCCAGGACAGAGAGAUAGCGGAAGAUGUUCUUUCUGAAGAUGAUCUUUCCUAUAUUACAGACUUCACCAUCUGGAGACAACAAGGCACCUUUGGUGUUGUCCGGUUAGGUUGGGAAAUACUGUCUAGUACUUUCCAAGAUGGACUACCAUCAAUGGUAGACUUCUUGUUGCUGGGAUCAUUUCCAAGUUCCGUACAAUCCCAGCCUCACAUGAGGCGCCGUCACAGUGGAACAGAUGCUUUGUAUUUCAGUGGAAAAGAGGAUGCAUUUGGGAUUAUCGGUCCGGAAUACCCAUACAAUGGAAAUAAUGCAGUAACCAAUUUUACGUUUUCAGCAUGGUUAAUUCCUAAUGUCGGUACUGAUGGUUAUGUAGUUGAAAAGGAUGACGAUAAUGGAACCUUAUAUUACGGCGUGAAAAUCCAAACGAAUGAUUCUCAUGUUUCUGUAGUGCUUCAGUAUACAGCAUUAGGAUCCAAUAUGACAUAUAUGGCUAAAGCAGCAGUCCUGAAAUAUCUGGAUGAAAAUGCUUGGCUUCACUUUCUGAUUACUCUGGAUGAAGGUAUAAUUGAAUUUUACAUGGAUGGAAUUCCAGUUCUGGGAGGAAUGAAGAGCCUUAAAGGAGAAGCAAUUGCUGAUGGUCCAGGAAUAAUGAGAAUUGGAGCAGGAGUCAAUGGCAGCAGUAGGUACACUGGGCUAAUGCAGGAUGUAAGGCUUUAUGAGCGUAAAUUGACCCGAGCAGAGAUCUAUGAACUCCAUGCAAGUCCUGCGAAAAGUGAUGUCCACCCUGUCUCUGGGUAUUUGGAGUAUCGUCAAGGAGAGACCAAUAAAUCGUUCAUAGUGUCUGCAAAGGAUGACAAAGAGGAAGAAGGAGAGGAGUUGUUCAUCCUAAAGCUCAUUUCUGUGCGUGGUGGAGCUCGAAUUUCACAAGAAAAUACCACGGCAAGAUUAAGAAUACAGAAAAGUGAUAAUGCUAAUGGUUUAUUUGGCUUCACUGGAGCAUGUAUUCCUGAGACGGCCGAUGAGGGUUCCACUAUAUCCUGUGUCGUGGAGCGUACAAGGGGAGCCCUAGACUACGUGUAUAUAAAUUACAUUAUCUCGCAGGUUGAUUCCACGGGCAUUAAUUACUCUGUUACCGAUUUUUCUAACAGCACUGGCACUAUCACAUUCCUUCCUUGGCAGAGAUCAGAGGUCUUAAAUUUGCAUGUUAUUGAUGAUGACAUUCCGGAGCUAAAUGAAUAUUUCCGUGUGACAUUAGUCUCUGCAGUGUCUGGAGAUGGAAAACUAGGUUCAACUCCUACCAGUGGAGCAAGUAUAGAUCCGGAAAAGGAAACUACUGAUAUCAGCAUCAAAGCCAGUGACCACCCUUAUGGUCUACUGCAGUUCUCGGUGGGGCCACCUCCUCAGCCUGAUGAUGAAAUGAUUCUGCCAGCCUCUGCUGUGCCCCAUAUUACUAUUAAAGAAGAAGUUGGACGCAUCAGAUUACUGGUAGUUCGUGCACAGGGCCUUCUUGGAACAGUUUUGGUGGAAUACAGAACAGUGCCACUCACAGCUUUCAGUCCUAAAGAUUAUCAGGCUGUUGUGGGCACACUGGAAUUUCAGCCAGGAGAAAGAUACAAGUACAUUACUGUUAACAUCACUGAUAAUUCUAUUCCUGAAUUAGAAAAAACUUUCAAAGUGGAGCUGUUGAACCCAGAGGGAGGAGUUGCUGAGCUCUUUAGAAAUGAUGGCAGUGGUAGUGGUGAUGGGAACAUGGAUUUCUUCCUUACAACUGUCCAUCAACAUGCUAGCUUGGGAAUUGCAUCCCACAUCCUUGUGACUAUUGAGGCUUCUGACGACGCUCAUGGUGUGUUUGAGUUCAGUACUGAGUCACUCUCGGUAAAUGGAACUGAGCCUGAAGAUGGAGAGAGCAAUGUUGUGCUGCAGGUUGUGCGAACACAUGGGGCCUUGUCUCAGGUGACACUGCAUUGGAUCAUAGUCUGUGAUCUUACCAAAGACCUGAUCUCUACGGAUGGGAAUAUAACAUUCGAUGUUGGCCAAGCGAGAGCAAACAUUACAGUACAGGUUUCUCCUGAUGAAGUUCCUGAAUUGGAUAAGGUGUUUUCAGUUUUGAUCAUCAAUGUCUCCAGUGGUCAUCUUGGAAAUCAUACUAAUGCAACAUUAACUAUUUUAGCUAAUGAUGAUCCAUAUGGAGUCUUCAUCUUUUCUGAGCGAAACAGACCAAUAAAAGUUGAGGAAGAAACAAAUAAUAUCUCCCUGUCAAUAAUAAGGCGUGGUGGUCUCCUCGGUACAGUAAUGGUAACAUACAGAACUAUUGGCGAUGAUGAAAAGUCACCCUUUCUUCCGCCUGAUGUUGUUAGAGCAAUAGAGGGAAAAGAUUAUAUACCCAUUACAGGUUACAUGAUCUUCGCACCCAAUGAAAGCGAGGCCACGAUAUCUUUGCCUAUUUUGGAUGAUGAUGAUCCUGAGAGGUCAGAAUCUGUUUUUGUGGAGCUAGGCAGUAUUGUUUUGAUUGAGAAAGUGCAGGAUCGGCCAAUUGUAAAUUCUCCUCGACUUGGAUUAGUGGGUGAGACAAUAGCUCAUGUAAUUAUCAAUGCCAAUGAUGAUGCUUUUGGAACACUUCAGCUUUCAGCUUCAACUGUGCGAGUUGCUGAAAAUUAUGUUGGACCAAUCAUUAACGUGACCAGAACUGGGGGAUUAUUUGCAGAUGUUUCUGUGAAAUUUAAAGCUAUGCCAAUAACUGCAACAGCUGGCGAGGACUACAGUGUAGCCUCAUCAGAUGUUGUCUUACUUGAAGGAGAAACAAGUAAAGCUGUGCCAAUUUAUAUAAUUAAUGAUAUCAAUCCUGAAGUGGAGGAGUCAUUUUAUGUUCAGCUGCUGAACCAAACAACAGGAGGAGCCUUGCUUGGAUCUUUGACUAGGGCGGUCAUAACUAUUGAGGCUUCUGAUGACCCAUUUGGAUCCUUUGUUUUUCAGAUCACUGAAUUCACUGUGGAGGAGCCUGAAUUUGGAUCAGUAACCAUAAGUCUGCCAAUAAUCCGCAACGCUGGGACACUGGGUAACGUUACCGUUCAGUGGGUUGCUACCAUUAAUGGACAUCCUGCUGAUGCUGACUUGCAGGUCGCCUUGGGUAAUAUUACUUUUGCCCCUGGGGAAGCCAUUCAGAUGUUGCUGUUGGAAAUCCUGGCUGAUGAUGUUCCAGAAAUAGAAGAAAUUGUCCAUGUAGAAUUAACUCAGGCCUCCAAUGGUGGUGCUAUUGGGUUAGAUGGCGUGGCAAAUAUUAUAAUUCCUGCCAAUGAUAAUCCUUAUGGCACAGUUUUCUUUCAUCAAUCCUUAUAUCGAAUUCAGGAGCCACUAGAAAGAAAUUUGCUUGCAAAUAUAACAGUCAGGCGAAGCGGGGGAAGGUUUGGUCAGCUGCAGAUAUUUUACAGCACUUCUGAGACUGACGUCGUAGCUCUUGCCAUUGAGCAAGGUCAGGAUAUCCUGGCCUGUUUUGAGUCUCCCGUACAAGGAAUUCCUGACCGACCAUCCACGACCAGAGUGAACGUGUCGGCAGCAAGUGACCCGCUGUACGCCUGUGCAACUCAGUGCCUAAAAGAACAAGCGUGUUCAGCCUUUACAUUUUCCAGUGCCUCUGAGAUUCCUCUCUGCCUUUGGCUGACAUCAGAGCUCAGCCCAUUCGCUAACACUUCAGGAUUCUGGACCUACAAGAAAAACGUCACCAGUGCAUCUGCUCUCUUUAGCACACAAGCCAUUGCUGGUAGUGACUAUGAAUCUGUUACAGGACAUUGGGCCAUAAUGGAGGAAGGGGAAGAGUUUGCAAAUCUCACAGUUACCGUUCUCCCUGACAGUUUGCCAGAGUUGGAUGAGAAAUUCACUGUGUUGCUUUUGAAAGUUGAACUGAUGAACGUCUCAGCCAGCUUAAAAAAUCAGCCGACUAUAGGACAGCCGAAUACUUCCACAGUUAUCAUAAUGAUGAAUGGAGAUGCAUUUGGAGUAUUUAAGAUCUACAGCGUAAGUCCCAAUGCGACAGAAAAAGGUCUGUAUAUCGAAGUAGAAGAACGUCCUCAGACCAACGUGCAGCUAAUGAUACAUAGGACAGAAGGCAGCCUGGGACAGGUGACAGUGGAGUGGCGUGUGGUUGGUGGAACUGCUACCCCAAACUUGGAUUUUGUAGGUGCUGGUGAGAUUCUGGUGUUCGCUGAAGGGGAAACAAAAAAGAUGGUCACGCUGACCAUUUUAGAUGAUCCAGAGCCAGAGGAUAAUGAAAGUAUCAUAAUCAGCCUGGUCCAUACUGAAGGAGGGAGUCGUAUUCUGCCCAGUUUUGACACAGUCACAGUGAUUAUUCUGGCAAGUGACAAUGUGGCAGGAAUUAUUAGUUUCCAGACAGCCUCGAGAUCUGUUAUUGGUCGUGAAGGAGAACAACUGCAAUUCCAUAUUGUAAGAACUGCUCCAGGACUGGGAAAUGUUACUGUUGAAUGGAAGAUAGUUGGGCAUAAUGUAAAACAAAAUUUUGAAAACUAUUCUGGGAUACUCUUUUUUCCUGAGGAGACAUUGAAUACAACAUUGUAUGUUCACUUGCUGGAUGACCAUAUUCCUGAAGAAAAAGAAGAAUACCAAAUUAUCCUAUACAACAUCAAAACAGAAGGAGUUUCUCCUUCGGGUGCUGCUGUUUUGGAUAGUCAAGGAUAUGAAGCUGUUCUGACAGUAGAAGCUAGUGAUGAACCACAUGGAGUCUUGAAUUUUGCUUCCCCAUCCAGGGUAGUUUUAAUUCCAGAGGAAAACAAAACAGUUCCGCUUUUCAUUAACAGAGAAUUUGGAUCUCUAGGUGCUAUCAAUGUUACGUAUGCCACAGUUCCAGGCUUGCUCACCUUAAGUAAUCAGACAGAAGGGACCUUGGCUGAACCAGGAGCUGAUUAUAUAGCUGUUUCUGGCUCAUUGAUUUUGGAUGAAGGAGAAACAUCAGCUGCCAUAAAUAUUACUAUUCUAGAGGAUGAUGUACCAGAGGUGCAAGAGUUCUUCUUGGUUAAUUUAACUUCAGUGGAACUCAUCAUGAAUCACUCAACUUCAUCCCCACCUAAGCUGGAAGUGACUGAGUUAAUUCGUUACAGAUUGAGAGAUGUGGAAGGUUUAGCUUCUCAAAUUAUUAUUGAUGCUAAUGAUGGAGUAAGUGGAGUAAUUCAAUGGGAAAGUACCAAUUUUGAAGUUAAUGAAUCUCACGGGAAUCUGACAAUAAUGGCAUACCGAAACAGAGGAUCAUAUGGCAAUGUGUCUGUAUUUUUUUAUGCCCAAAAUUUGGAGGCACAGCUGGGUUUGGACUUUAAUGUGACCUCAAGGACUCUUUUUUUUGCUGAUGGAGAAAGGAAUAAGUCUGUUGUUGUUACGAUUUUUGAUGAUGAUAUUCCUGAAGGUGAUGAGAAGUUGCAGUUGAUUUUAACAAAUCCCUCUCUGGGGCUGGAAUUAGGGGAGAACACAACAGCCACAAUUACUAUACUUGCCAAUGAUGAUGGCCAUGGAGUUGUGUCAUUCAAUAACAGUGAUCACUUCUUCCUAAGAGAGCAAACAGCUCUCGAUUUGAUGGAAAGUGUUGCAGUAUUAACUAUUAUCAGAGAACCUCCUCAGGGGAUAUUUGGCACCGUGACUGUUCAAUAUCUUGUAAGUGAAAUCAAUUCUUCAGAGGCAUCAGUGGAUUUGACCCCUUCUCAAGGAUACAUUGUGCUGGAAGAGGGAGUCAGAUUCAAGACGCUGCAUAUUUCUGCAAUACUGGAUGAAGAACCAGAAAUGGAUGAGCACUUUAUUGUCACCCUGUUCAAUCCAACUGGAGGAGCCAGACUAGGCACAAGAGUGCAAACUAUGAUUACAGUAUUACAGAACCAGGCUCCACUAGGGCUUUUCAGCAUCUAUCCAGUUACAAAUAGGACAAAUUUCCUCAUAAUUGAAGAAGCCAACACUACCGUUUAUUUGAAAGUUUCACGGAGUAAUGGGCUCAACGUGUCUGUGAGUGUUGAGUGGGAGACGUUGUCGGAUACUGCAUUUGGCAUCAGGGGUAGUAUCAGUGUCCUGUCUGUCUUGCAAAGUUUUGAGGAGGACUCAGUGUCUGGCUGGUGUUUCUUUACAUCAGGAGAAAUUCUGUAUGGCAUUCUGCUCCGUAAGCCUCCAGCUACGUUCUCUACUGUCUACCAGUGGAAAGGAGUUUUUGUUCCUGUCGAGAAUUUCAGUAUGUGGAAUCCUAACAGCUGUGUGUCUUUCCAAAUCCAUGCCUCUCCCUACCUUGUGAUUACUCACGGAGGAGGCACGCAGGGAGCUUCCAACAACAGCGUGUAUGCAUUCCUGCCUGGACGCAGACUCUUGAAGAUACAGACUCUUUCUGUUCUGGAUACCAGACAUGUGAAACAUUUUUCUGUGGAUGAAGAAGACUACUUGAUUUUUGUGAGACACACAACCAGUUCCAGUUCUAGUUCCAUCCAGGUUUUCCAGUGGAAUAAAGAGGUGUUUGUGCUGCAUCAUCAACUUCCACUUUACGGAGCUCUGAACAUAGCCUUGUUUCCUAGAGGAGGCAUUAUGUACCUGUUAGUUUCUUUGUCAAAUACCAGUCAGAACAUGCUUUUGUACCAGUGGUUGAAUAAGGAGUUUAGAAAUCUUCAUCAAGUACCAGCAAAAGAAAUAAAACAUAUGGAGACCUGGAUUUCUGGAUCUGAUAUCUAUUUAAUUAUUGCAAAAGAAUCUGGAAAUUCUUCUGAAAUUUUCAUCUGGGAGACCGGGCAGUCUACCUUUAGGCACUUCCAGUCUCUUCCAGUCUGCACUGUAGGAAACAUCCAUGUUUUCAUGCCUCCUUCAGGUUUAGUUCACAUCCUUGUAUCUGGUAAGGACACAACAGCACUGUAUUCCUGGAACUCGGAAGGGAACCAGUUCUCUGUAAUGCUGGAAGCCCCGUACGCGGAUCAUAUCACUUCAGCUACUGCAAGAUCCCUGAACUCCAGCAAGAGCUUGAUUGCUCUGUCUGUAGAGUCCAACUCCCAGAUUUAUGAGCUGACCAGUAUCUCCAACCAGUCAGAUUUUAUACCUAGUUCAGGUGAAUUGAUAUUUGAGUCUGGGGACAUGGAAGCUGUGAUAGCAGUCAAUAUCCUGGAUGACAUCAUCCCAGAGGAGGAAGAGUGCUUCAAAGUGUGGUUGAAAAACCCUAAGGGAGGUGCAGAGAUUGGUGCUCAUGGUUUUGUUAACAUAAUUAUUCCUUCCAAUGAUAAUGCCUACGGAGUCAUUGCGUUUGCUCAGAGCUCUUUAUUCAAGCAAGUUGAAGAAAUGGAACAGGACAGCUUAAUCACUUUGAAUAUUGAACGUUUAAUAGGGACAUAUGGACGAGUUUCAGUAGAGUGGAUUGCUAAUGGGAGUAUAAGUGAUGUAUUUCCAGCUUCCGGAAUGAUUACGUUUUCAGAAGGUCAGGCCCUGUCCACGAUCACCCUGACAAUUCUUGCGGACAGUGUUGCAGAGCUUUCGGAGACCGUGGAAAUCACACUCACCCACGUUACCACUGUGGGUGUUCAGGAUACCACAAAAGGAGCUGUGAUUGAUCCCAAAAGGGCAAGAGCCGUGCUUACCAUUUUACCCAGUGACUCUCCACACGGUGUGAUUGGGUGGCAUAUGGAGUCUCUCUUUGUUACUGUCACAGAGCCGGAAGGUCAAGUGAAUUCAACUACUCUUACUUUACAAAUUGUUCGAGAACAAGGGUUUGUUGGAGAGAUUGCAGUUCACCUGAGCAGCACGCCUAACUUUGAACUCCCCCUCUCCAACCAAGCAACAGAGAAUAAGGACUAUAUACUGGAAAAGAAGACAAUUGUUAUGGCAGAGAACACAACAAUAACUUCUGUCAUAGUCACUAUUUUGCCUGACAAUGUUCCAGAAUUACAGGAAGGAUUUAUAAUCAAUAUUACUGAUGUGCAGCUGGUCGAUUCUGCCACUGGAGGUCAGCCAAGCGUGAAGAGGCUUGGAUUAGAAAUAGCUGAAAUAACAAUUGAAGAAAAUGAUGAUGCCAGAGGAGUAUUCAGUUUCAAUGUUACAAAGGAUAUAACUGGUGCUGUUGCUGGUUAUGAGGUACCACCACCACAGAACACACUGAAACUUCCAGUUGUUCGACAGGCUGGGAGGUUUGGGUCAGCAGCUCUGUAUUGGGAAGCCAUUCUUUCAACUGCUAGCUUUGAAGACUUCACACCAUCAUUUGGAAACCUUACGUUUGCAGAUGGGCAGGCUACAGGAGAAAUAGAAAUUACAAUCAUAGAUGACAGUGAAGUUGAAUUCCUUGAGAUAUUCCAGAUUGCCCUGGUGAGGGUAACAGGUGGUGCAAGACUUGGGGAUGACACCAUGGUAACUGUUGCUAUUCCACCAAAUGAUUCCCCUGUUGGAGUAUUUGGGUUUGAAGAAAAGAAUGUAACAGUGAAGGAACCUCAGACAUCUGACGACUCUGCUGCAGUUGUAUUGCUCACUGUAAGUCGAAGUCAAGGAGGACGAGGAGCAGUCAAAGUCUUAUGGAUUCUUCAGGAAGCAGCCAGAUAUGAUCUGACCCCUCUGAAUGGUACCCUUCACUUCAACGAGACUGAAUCCCAGAAGUUGAUUGUGUUACAUGCGGUACAAGAUGGUCUGCUGGAGGGGAAUGAAACAUUUACCAUUCAACUAGUCUCUACUGGUGAUGCAGAGAUAUCCCCUGUAAAUGGUGUGGCAACCAUCAUUAUUCUGGGUGAUGAAGGAGCUUCUGGGGUGGUUGGGAUAGCCCAUUCAUCCAAGCAUGUUCUGAUUGGAGAACCUUCGGGAAAUUAUAACGGAACUGCUCUUAUUAGCCUGAUACGUGGCCCAGGGAUUUUUGGUGAGAUCAUAAUAUAUUGGAAUAUAACACCUCCUCAUCAUACAGAAUUUAUUGAGACAUCGGGGACCUUGACAAUGCGAGAUAGGCAGUCUGCAGCAGUUGUUCUAAUUCAGGCUGUAGAUGAUGACCGUCCUGAGGAGAAGAAUUACUACCAGUUUCAACUAACUGGAAUCAGUGAUGGAGGACUCAUAAAUGAAUCUAGCAGCACAGCAAAUAUUACCAUGGCCGCCAGUGAUUUUCCGUAUGGAGAGUUUACAUUUUCACAGGAACUAUUGCAAACAACAGAAGAAGAAAAAUGGGUUAACAUCACUAUUGUGCGUUCCAGGGGAUCCUAUGGCAAAGUGCAUCUUUGCUUUCAGAUAAUAAAUGGGACUGCAGAGGAGGGAAUUGAUUUCACUCCCACCGUAAGGGAAUUAUUGUUUGAACCACAUGAGGAGAGUAAAAUUAUUUUGGUUGAAAUUCAUGAUGAUGACUUUCCUGAAGGUCCUGAAGACUUUUCAGUGAUGAUUACCAAAGUGGAACUCCAAGGAAGUGGAUUUGAUUUUACCAUAAAAGAAAAUGGUCUACAGAUGGAUCAACCUCCAAUAAUAGGAAAUAUCUCCACAGUACGAGUCACUAUAGCAAAAAGUGAUAAUGCAGAAGGCAUCAUAGAAUUUGAUCCACAGUAUAGCCUUCUACAGGUGGAAGAGGAUGCUGGAUUAAUCAUGAUUCCUGUUGUGAGAAAGCGUGGAACUUACGGCUAUGUAACAGCUGAUUUUCUUUCUCGAAGUAUUUCUGCACUUCCCAAUGGUGUUGACUAUGUCAUCCAUAAUAAUUCUGUCAUUUUUUAUCAUGGCCAGAACCAGACUUUUAUUUAUGUCACCAUUAUAGAUGAUGAAGAAAGUGAAUUUGCAGAGCAGUUUGAAAUCCAGCUGAUGGGAGCCACUGGUGGAGCAAUCCUUGGGCUCCACCUAGUGAGCCAGGUCACUAUUGCUAAAAGUGACUCUCCCCAGGGCAUCGUCCGAUUUCUCAACCAAAGUCGAAUUAUUCUUCCCAAUCCUGAUAGACCCACAGCAGUGUCCCUGGUACUGGAAAGGACUGGAAGAUUGUUGGGGGAGACUCAGAUUAAUUGGGACAUCUUGGGGCCCAAUUCAGAAGAAGUUUUAUCCCCUUUGAAUAGUGACAUUGGUGACCCUGUAAAUGGAUCAUUCUAUUUUGGAGAAGGAGAAGGAGGUCUGAGAGCUAUUAAUCUACAAAUCUAUCCUCAUGAAGAAGUUGAGGUUCAGGAGAUCUUCAUCAUUAGACUGAGUCUCAUGAAAGGUGAAACAGAAAUAGAUCCUAAGGCAAACAACAUUACACUAAUAAUACAGAAGUUUGGUGAUCCCAAUGGAAUUGUACAGUUUGCUCCUGAAUCAUUAGCUGAGAAUAACUAUACAGAACCCUCAGCAGCGGAAGGGCCACAAAGUAUUACACUGUUUGUCAGACGAAUUCAAGGCACGAUGGGAAACAUAACGGUUUACUGGGAAAUACGCAGUGAAUCUGACAUCACAGGUGACUUUCUUAGGACAGAGGGAUCUGUUGUCAUUGCUGACCAGCAGAGUACAGCUGAGAUAAUUAUCUACCUUUUACCUGAUGACGUUCCAGAACUGGAUGAGAACUAUGUGGUGCAGCUGGUUUCAGUAGAAGGUGGAGCAGAUUUAGACCAAGAGAAAAGAAUUUCAAAGAUGAAUGUAUUUGCAAAUGAUGAUCCCCAUGGAGUGUUUGCCCUGUACUCUGAUCAGCAGUCAGUAUUAGUAGAGAGAAACCUGGAUCGGUAUGUUCAGAUUAAUGUAACUCGGCAUGCUGGGGCUUUUGGAGAAGUGAUUGUUGAGUACCACAUCUUGUCUCAUCAUGAAGAAGCACUAAUUGCACCUGAGAAUGAGGUGGGAUACCUCACAGUAAAAGAUGGUGCCAGCUUUGGAGUGAAAAGAGUGCCAAUACGCAGCCAGGCGUUUCUUUUACUGGGCUUGAAUUUUACGCUGGAACUGAUUAAUGUAAGCCUGGUUAGGGGAAGUGCCAAGGAUGUGCCUAAAAUAUUAGGAAAAGCAAAGUCAGCUGUUCUGCUUAUUCCUGAGGAAGCUGCCAAUUCACAGGUCGGCUUUGAAUCUGUGAUUUUACGACUUACAGACAUUGUAGCAGGGACCGGUCAGGCUGUCAUAACCAGAAAAGGAGUUUAUGGCUCUGUAAUAGUCAGCUGGAUUUCAGGAUACCCACCAGACCUAAUCGCUGACUUUGCUCAGCCAGGCAAUAUUACUCCUCCAUUUGGUACUGUUGUAUUUUCUUCCGGUGAGCAAAGUAAAGUAAUUGCAUUUCAGGCUACUCCAAGCCUAAAUAAACGUGAGUCAUUUGCCAUCACUUUAAUGGCAGUGCACAGCAAUGUGUCUGGUGGGGCUCGCCUGAGAUCAGGAUUUACAAUAGCUGAAAUUGAGCCAAUGGGGAUCUUCCAGUUUGCUCUUAAUUCAAGGUCUGUUUCAGUUGAAGAAGAUGUUCAAGCAGUCACACUACAUGUCCAAAGAUUGUUUGGUUUUCAAAGUAAUCUCACUAAAUUGACAUAUCAGACCAUUCCAGGAAGUGCCAAACCACUAGAGGACUUUAUACCCAUCUACAACGGAGAGCUUAUGUUUUUACCUUUUCAGACAAAUGCUGUGAUAGAAGUAUCAAUAAUUGAUGACACUGUGUCGGAAAUGGAGGAAUUUUUUUUUGUAAAUUUGACUGCUGUGGAAAUUUUGGAUGUUCAACCUGUGGAUGCUACCUGGAGUCCACGUUUGAAUCCAGCUUUCAGCGUUGCAACAGUUAAUGUCCUGGCUAAUGAUAUUCUUCAUGGAAUACUAAGUUUGGGGCCAGAGUUUAUAUAUGUAGAAGAAGAUGCAAACGACGGUACCCCCAACACAGUGACACUUCAUAUUAGAAGGACCAAGGGUUUUACUGGUGAUACUGAAGUAAUCGUUAAAACCUUUGGGGGAGUGAGUGCACAGAGUGGAGUAGAUUCAUAUCCUUUUGGAAAUGUUUAUGGAAAAUCAAACUUCACAUGGGCAAUGGAGGGGGAAGAUUUUGAGGAACAGUCAGUCUCUCUGACUUUGCUGGAUGGAGAAAGAGAAAGCAAGGUGUCCAUAAAAAUUUUUGAUGAUGAUGAGCCUGAAGGACAGGAAUUGUUUUAUGUUUUCCUCUCAAAUCCUGAAUGUGGAGCUCAGAUUGUGGAAGGAAAAGAUGAAUAUGGAUUUGCUGCUUUUGCAACAGUAAUUAUUGCAGGAAGUGAUCUCCAGAAUGGCAUUUUGGGAUUCGUUCCAGAAGUACAGAGCGGUCUUGUACUUGAUGAAGACUCAGAAAACAGAGAGGUGCUGCUGAUUGUCACAAGGCAACCAGACAGGGCUUUUGAAGAUGUGAAGAUCUUUUGGCGCGUGACCUUUAAUAAAACAGCUGUUGUCCUUCUGAAAGAUGGCAUGAACUUGGAGAAUGAACUUGUAUCUGUUCUGGGAGCCACUACCUGCAUGGCAGGUCAAACAAUGUGUAACAUCUCCAUUGAAAUAAAACCUGAUAAUGUGCCUGAAUUUGAAACAUAUUUUUUUGUUGAGCUGUAUGCUGUAAGCACAGGAGCUGCAUUGAACAGCAGUGCCAGAUUUGCUUUUAUAACAGUCCUUGAAAGUGAUGCUCCUCGUGGUUUAGUAUAUUUUGCUGUGGGAUCUCGUUUUGCUGUGGCUCAUAAGAAGACAACUUUAAUCAGUCUGCAAGUGCUCAGAGAUUCUAGUACAUCAGUAAUGACAACGGUUAGCUACAGCACGCAGGAGCUUCAAAAACCUGAACCUAUUGGUCGGACCUUCAUAUCUCCAGCUGUGGCAGGACAAGAUUUUGCCAGAUCUGAAGGUUUCUUGACUUUUGAACAUGGACAGAGAAAUACGUUUCUGGAUGUGACCCUGACUCCCAAGACAGGAUCUUUAAACCCAUUUCCUAAACGUUUCCAGGUUGUACUUUCUAAUCCCACAGGCGGUGCCAGAGUAGCUGAUGGGUAUGGUAUUGCUAACGUCACCAUUGUCUCAGACUUGGACUCCUUGCCAGUUUGGGGGCUGAUUGAUCAACUGCAUCAGCCUCUUGAUGACACCAUUUUACACAGAGUCCUCCAGAAUCUGAAUGUCAAAGUGGCUACAGAAACUACAGAAGAGCAGCUUACUGCUGUGUUGCAUAUAAUAGAUAAGGUUACAGAUGUAGGUGAAAAACAGUUACUCACUGAUAAAAGUAGAAGUCUUUUCUAUGAGAUACUCUGUGCUCUGGCUAGCCCGAAACGCGAGGACACACGAGGAUAUAGCCUGCUUGCUGAGGUGACUGAGAAGUUUGCUUUUUCCCUCUUGACUGGGAUAAUGUGUGGAUCACCAGGAGAAAGAGGUAAAAAUAUCCUUGACAGCUGCCCAUACAUUGCCAUAAUGGCUCACAACUGGUUUCCUCAGCAAAUCAAUGGACACAGAUUUGAUGGAAAAGAUGGAGAUUCUAUUCAAGUACCUGAACAUUUACUAGAGGUGUCUGUUGUGUUACCUCCUCCUCAAGAAGAGAGCUGUGAAUCUGUACAGUUCACAGAAUAUAGCAGCCAGCAGUGGUUCCUUACUGGAGAUAAAGAACUUGCCCUGAAGAACAAGGUGUUUUCUAUGAGUUUGAAGGGUCGGAGUUCACGCCCUUUGAAAGAUAACAAUGAAGUCAUUUAUCGGAUUUAUGCUACAGGAAGUCGGAUUGUUCCACAACAGUCUCUAUGUCUCCUCUGGAAUCAAGCUGCUGAAAGCUGGCUGUCUGAUAGCGGGUUCUGCAAGGUGGUUGAUGACACGUCAGACUAUGUGGAAUGCUCUUGUUCUCAUAUGUCCAUUUAUGCAGUUUAUGCCCAAACAGAUAACUUGUCUUCAUACAAUGAAGCUUUUUUCUCUUCUGGAUUCAUCUGCAUUUCAGGUUUUACUUUGGCUAUUAUCUCCCACCUCUUCUGCACCAGGUGUGCAAUGUUUGCAGCUAAGCUUCUCACUCACAUGAUGGUUGCUUGUUUGGGUACCCAGAUUUCAUUUCUCGCCUCUGCUUACAUGAGCCAACAUCUCUCAGAGGAAAGCUGCUCUGCCCUUGCAUCUGUUACCCAUUACCUUUACCUCUGCCAGUUCAGCUGGAUGCUUAUUCAGGCUGUUAAUUUCUGGUACGUCCUGGUGAUGAAUGAUGAACACACAGAGCGGCGCUAUCUGCUUUACUUCCUUUUGAGUUGGGGGCUUCCAGCUUUUGUUGUGAUCCUACUUUUAAUUAUCCUGAGAGGAAUCUAUCAUCACAGCACAGCACAGAUUUAUGGCCUUGUCUACAGUGAUCUGUGCUUCAUUCCAAAUGCCUACGCUGCUCUCUUCACCGCUGCUCUGGUGCCAUUAAUGUGCUUGGUAGUGGUUUUUGUGGUGUUCAUCCAUGCCUACCAGGUGACCCCACAAUGGAAAGCGUACGACGAUAUUUUCAGAGGAAGAACAAAUGCUGCAGAGAUCCCCUUGGUCUUGUACCUCUUUGCCCUGAUUUCUGUCACCUGGCUGUGGGGGGGACUGCACAUGGCUUACCGGCACCUCUGGAUGUUAGUCUUCUUCAUCAUCUUCAACAGCCUGCAGGGUCUUUAUGUCUUUGUGGUAUAUUUUAUCCUGCACAACCAACUUUGCUGUCCUGUGAAAGCAAGUUAUACUGUAGACAUGAAUGGGCAUACAACUCCGGGAUCGGCUUUUUUCACACAUGGCAGUGGUCUGCCGGCUGCAGGUGGAGAGAUCAGCAAGUCCACUCAGAACCUCAUCAGUGCUAUGGAAGAGGUGCCUGCAGACUGGGAGAGGGCAUCCUUGCAGCCUGCUAGUCAAGCUAGUGCUGCCUUUAAGCAGAGUCCACAAAAUGGCAAUGUUUUCCACCCUUCUGGAGGAUUUAGUACCAGCUCAUUGGUUGCUGAUGAGGAAUCACAGGAGUUUGAUGACCUAAUAUUUGCUUUAAAGACUGGUGCAGGUCUCAGUGUCAGCGAUAACGAGUCUUGUCAUGGCAGCCAGGACGGUGGCAGCAUGGCUAACUCCCAGAUCGUAGAGCUUAGAAGAAUACCCAUAGCAGACACUCACCUCUAACUCCACGGCUUGCUUGGUUUUUUGUUGGUUUUUUGUUGGGUUGUUUUGGUUUUUUUAAUUCAAGCCUCAGUAUUUUUAUAUUUGUACUUCCUUUUGCACUAAAACACUAUAUGAAACUGUGUAGUAGAAUGCUGUGAGCUUUACCGAAUGUUUAACAAGGAAUGUUUGCUUGAGGUUCUGUAUAUCAGAAAAUAAACUGUAAAUUUUUCACAGUGGCUGAGCAUCAAUAGAUACCAUGGCAAUCGGCCUAGAUACGUAUCUUGUAGCUAGAUGACAUAUUUCACAAACUGUAGCUUUUUUAAUUAACCUGUACGUGUAACACUGAUUAAUAAAAAACA